UACAGCAGUGUGUGUCUAGAGACGAGACACUGUCCAGUUACUCGAUCGAAAAAUGGAUCUUGCACCGUAUUCGUGUGCGAUUUCACGAACUUGGAUCGUGAUACUGUGUCUCUAAAAUAAUAAUAUAACGGCCGUAACGGGUGCGCGUUUCACCUCAACUAAGAAAAUGGUCAUCGAGGUUGAGGAAGAAGAACAAGUCAUCCAAUUUCCAUUGAUAGUAUUUAUAGGGUUCGGGGUUUAUUUUUACCACCUUUGGGACUAAAUAUCAAAGUGAAUUGACUAUGCGUUCAACUGCCGGCUGAUACAUUAUCAACUUCAACUUGUGGUGGUGUAGCACUCUGUGAGGGCACAGAGUUUAGGGUGAUACGUGCAAAACUGGUGGGCAUCCUACUUUAAAGGAAAAAUUGAUAAGAUAAGGUAUAAUAAGGACAUAAUGGAGUCCACGGUUGCGGGACGGAGGCGUACCGCCACCAGACAUUCGGCCGAGGAUCAGGCUCUCGACCAAAUAGCCAAGGAGGCAGAGGCGCGAUUGGCGGCGAGAAGGCAAGCGAGAGCAGAAGCUAGAGAAAUUCGAAUGAGAGAGUUGGAAAGACAGCAGAAAGAGGCUGAGGAGAAUGCUGAUAGGGUCUAUGACAUGUGCACUUCCGAUGGAAGAACUAUGAGGGUCACGCCAGAUCCAAUCAGGACAUCACGUCUCCUCACAAAUUCAAACAAUUUUCAAUCAAGUCGAAGAUCCUCCGAGGACUCCCUGGAGGACGCAGGUCUCAACCGAGACAUAAGACUAGAGUUAAAAGAGUUUGAGGAGAAGUUCAGAAAAGCCAUGAUUGCGAAUGCUCAACUUGAUAAUGAAAAAUCUUCAUACUCUUAUCAAGUUGAGCUGUUGAAAGACAAAUUAGAAGAGUUGGAGGAAUCAUCGGCGACUUUGCGGCGUGAGCUCAGAGAAAAAAAUAGGGAGUCUGAACAGCUAAAACGUGUUAAUCAACGGUUAAAAGAGGAAUUGGAGCUCUGCAGGGCUCAGUUGUUGGAGAGGGAUACACUUAUACAGGAUAAUGGGCUAGUUAUAGUUGAGGAUGAGGGGAGCGAGGGAGAGGAGACAGGUGGGAUGAAUGGAAUCAACAGGAAGCGAGUGCUAGUCAGUACGGAGGCUGCUGAGUUGCUGCAAAAUGCUGGGGAGGGUUCCUUAGAUGUUCGAUUGAGAAAGUUCGCAUCCGAGAAGAAGGAAUUACAGGAUGAAAUAAGACAUUUAAGAUUAGACUUGGAGGAGGCAAAGAGUCGAAACAGAUCGGAAAGAUCCUCCGGGUCGAUAUUAGGUCUAGCCGAUUCUGAGGAUGUCCAACGCGAAGCCAAUAAACUACUCGCUGAUUACAAAUUCAAACUGCAGAAAGCAGAGCAAGACAUGUCCACGUUGCAAGCAACAGUGGCAAGGCUAGAGAGUCAAGUUAUUCGUUACAAAUCAGCGGCCGAAACCUCAGAGAAAGCAGAGGACGAGCUCAAGGUUGAAAAGCGCAAACUGCAAAGAGAAGUAAGGGAAUCACAGGGUCGUGUUGAGGAAUUAGAGACAGCAAAUUCUCACCUCCAGCGACGUCUGGAUAAAUUGAAAAACGCCAAGUCUGCUCUGUUGAAGGAGCUCUGACGUGACAGUUCUAUUAAGAAUAAAGGAUAAGACUUUUAGUUUUCAUAUGCCACAACCAACCGCAUCAAUUAAGGUGAUAGAUGAUAAAUCAUAAUGAGAAUGAAAACGAAACACGAAAAAAUUAUGGUCUACUAACUUGGACCAGAAGAUACCAUUAGAUGUAUUUAUUUGAUUUUCAUUCAUUUGUACAUUAAUAUCAUACUCUGGCAUCGUCCAAACUAUUAACCACCACAUCGUAAGGGUUUUUUCAUGCAUUCUUUAACGGCACCAGUGGGAUGCUGCUGUUUUCUUUAGAACGAUUAGAUUUUUUAUCGUGAAUUGAGAGUAUUCCAGCCACUGAAGCCAAUAGUGUCAAUUAAAAAAUACACACAUAAAAAAUCGAACACCGACUGAAUUUCACUACCAAGUUCUUUACAAUUUUAUAUGAUUAGUUCGGCUAGCACUUUUUCAACUGUUGAUAUAUAAUGAAUUAGAAAAAAAAAAACAAACUUGAUGGAGAUCUUUUUUUUCAACAAUUUUAAAAACAACUGCACUAGAAAAGAUAAACAUUGGUUCUUUACUGAUCGUUCUGCAACAAUGACGCGAUUGAAUGUUAUGUACUUAUACGACAACCAGUACAAAUGAUAUUAUAUUAUGAUCAGUAUUUUGUACGAGAAAUCAUUUUAAAUGUGCAAUGGAAUUUAAUAUUUAUUGUAAAAUAGGCCUAUUUUGAAUAACACCAAUGAGCACUGUCAACACAUCUGUCAAAAGUAUAGUCAUUAUAUUUUUUAUUUGUUUUUUUUUUCUGUAAUUGAAAGAACUGUUUAGAUGUGGCAUAAUAAAUUAAUCAUAAUCAAAUCACAUUAGAAAGGAAAGAAUAAUAGAAUGAUGCUGGAGAUGAAAACAAUUGCCAUAACCGAAAUUUCUAAAAGGAAAAAGGGGAAAGGGAGGGUAAUAAGGUUUAAUAUUAACGAAAGCAAUCAUUUCAUUUAUUCGACAACAAUUGGCAGAGAAUCAAUUUGUAUAAUUUAGGUUGAAUAAUUUCUAUUUAUUAUUGAAACAAAAAGGUGGCCCUAAGAAAUACUGGUUUAAUGCUUUUCAUACAAAUAACAAAAUAAAUUGCCCAAUGUAAUGUUCCUCUUUA